GUCAGAGAGUUCCGAGUUCCCAGAUGUUGUGAAAGCAGCAGUAAUAUUAGGGGCGUUUUCACAUUAUGGAUCUCUUCACAGGUGUUGUGUUUUAUUCUGGACAGCAAUCCUCCAAUUCACUUGUGGAUUUUGUUACAAAUGCCCUUCGGCCGCUAGACGGGAUCUUCUCUCCACAGCCGGACGAUGACCCAUGGUUUCAGAAGUGCUUCAUCAGAUCUAUCAAACCAUUUCUGACGAGAGAGAACAAGAAACUCUCCAAUGAUACCAGAACGUGGUGGCGGAAAAUGCAGAAUGACCGUAGCACAGCCAACUUCAGUGAGGUGGUGGAGAAGUUGUUCCAGGUCAUCCCCGAUGCUGACCUCUACCCUGAGCGCCAUGGGACCUGUGCUGUGGUGGGGAACUCUGGGAACCUCAAACGCUCCCACUAUGGAGCCGUCAUCGACUCCAGUGACGUCAUCAUAAGAAUGAACAUGGCUCUUACCUCUGGCUAUGAGGAGGAUGUUGGGAACCGGACCACGUAUCACGUCAUGUACCCAGAGAGUGCCAUAGAUCUGGAGAACGCCACUAGGUUCCUGCUGAUCCCUUUCAAGACACUGGACCUUCAGUGGCUACCAGGCGCCGUGACCACUGGGACUAACAUCACUUUCUCAUAUGUACCUCUUAGACAGAAGAUAAAGGCCAACAAAGAUUUGGUAUUGGUUCUGAAUCCUGUGUUUAUGAAAUAUGUUCAUGAAUCCUGGCUUGACAAUCAAGGAAAAUACCCCUCCACCGGAUUCAUGGCUUUGAUAUUGGCCCUACACAUCUGUGACGAGGUGAAUGUGUAUGGAUUUGGGGAAGACAAAGAUGGGAACUGGCACCACUACUGGGAAACCCUAACCAAUAGAAAACUCAGAACUGGACUACACAAUGGAAGCUAUGAGUACAACGUCACCGUGAAGCUCUCGGAAAUACACAAACUACAGAUACAUAAGGGAUUUCACUAAUAUUUCAUAAAGAUAAUUUCCCUUCCAGCUGUAUAUGCUAUAAAGAGCUUUUUAAUAAAGAGGUGUAUUCAAAUAGGUGUUAGCCUAUUGUCUACAUUGCACAGCAUGUA